UGGACUAGCUACAUCAAUUAACCAUUGUGAAGUGGAUGCUGCCUGUUCAACAGAUUGGGGUCUACACAGAAGUAAUUGCUGCACAAGAAAUAAUCACAUCAAGCAAAAUAAUUACAUAAAUAUUUGGAACUUGAAACCAAUAGUUGUGUAAAAUUAAAUCAUGAUCUAUAAUAUUAUUCAAGCCCCAUUGCAACCGGACUUCUUAUAGCCAUAUGGUUCUUUUCACAUUUGGGUACCAAUAGAAGUGUUGUCGUCCACCAAGCACCUCUGUACCAUAUCUUUUAUGGCAUGCCUUCAAAAGACAUUGUGUUAGGGUGGUGAAGCAUGACCGUGUGCAUUCAGCUUGAUAGAAUGGUGAAUCAUUAUAAAUAGGGUUUUCUUUAUCCUUAACUGGAAAAGAAAUUCUCACCUAAUGGUUGCUCAAGGGAUCAAAGUGCUGAUUUAAAUCUGUGCACCUAAUGGAAAUGAGAGAUAGGAUUAUAGGAAUACUAAAUCUGAUUUGAACUGCCUUGAUUGAGUGUCUCGUUAUUCCUGGAUCACGCUCAUAUUCGGUUAGCAGUCAGUGUGUACAUGAACUAUCAACUGCAUCAUAACGAAUUUUAACUGAGAGAUCGUUCCUGUUUCAUAAAUCCAGUACUUGUAAUCAACAGCAUUUUCCAGUUCGUGUGUUGGUUCUAAAUGCAAUCUGCAGUUUGAUUUCCAUCCACUGCUUUCAUCCUUGAAUGAGGGUCUUUUCUAUCGGAUCAAUUCCCAUUGUUUGGAGGCCAUCAUUCUUCUGAUCUCUUGUUGCAACUUGGGCUGUGUAUAAGUUUGUCAGAAUCGAUAAUAUGUAGUUCCAUUGAGGUGAUAUGAAGACAAUAUAUUAUCAGCAAUUAUUCUGCAGCCCUACAACUAAUACUGUUCAUAACCAAAUUAAGCAUUUCAUCAUAAUUGACAUUAGGAUUACCAGUCCUUUUUUAUCUAAUGACAAUACAUGAAAACUGUAACUGUGCUUAAUGAUCCAAUUUGUGUGACCUCGUUCUCAAGUUUUCCACUUGCAACCCCAUAUCCCGUCUCUAUACCCAACAGAAAGAUAGUGAGAAAGCUCAACAGUUCAUUAAAGCUGAUGAGUAUGCAUGAAAUAGGAAACAAAUUAUUAGGGGACGCUUACAUUUCAAAGUUAGAUUUUACUUAACCUAAACUUUAUUAUCCACAUUUGUAGCUCAUUUACUUUGUGAGAAUGAUCAUUUCGAAACCUUUACUCUGACACUUCCAACUUACACGAGCAUUAAGUCACACUUGAUCAGUUCACAGAUAUUGACAAUCCUCAAAGAGGUGCAUAUGCAAUCUCACAUAUUGUACAUCAUUUAAAGCAAUUUCAUUAGCUGGUAUGCAUGGUUGUUAUUGUUGGAUGAAUAACCUGAAGGCUUAGUGCCAAUUAUCAUCUCAAGUGAUUUAGGAAUAACCAUAUAGCACUGGGAAGCAUGUUUUAUCAGGUUUUUGUGUGUGAAGCCUAGGCUUUAUGUGUUAGCAAUAUAUUUCAUUGCGAGUAAGUAUCUAUUUCUCUUGAGGCUGCUAUUAAAGAUCCAACCUACAAUUGAUUGGCAACAUGGAUGCAUCCUUACUUUGUUGGAUUCUUCAACUUUUCCAUUUUACAGGAAAAAUCUUUAGCAUCCGCGCGGAACUUGCACUUUGAAAGACGGGAUGAACACUCCAAGGCAAGAGGUUCGCCACUCUCCCCUAGGGAUGCUAGAGAUCACCGACCUAGCCCUGAGACUUCACAUAUGAAGAAAUCCAAGAUGAGCGACAAAGAUGCAGAUCCCAGUGAAGUGUUAUGGAUUGGAUUUCCUGCUCAGUUAAAAGUGGAUGAAUUUGUGCUAAGAAAGGCUUUCUCCCCAUUUGGAGAAAUUGAGAAAAUAACCACAUUUCCUGGUCGCACUUAUGCCUUUGUUCGAUUUAGAAAGGUGAUGGCAGCGUGCAGGGCUAAAGAAACACUGCAGGGAAAAUUGUUUGGAAAUCCUCGCGUACAUAUAUGUUUUGCUAAGAGUGAUUCAGGGACAUCCAAUCGGGAAAGAAGUUCAAUAAAUGGCCCUCCUUCACCACAUGUAGGAUCAUAUGAACGUGCUGGAUCUUUUGAGCGUUUCCAACAUGAUAGGAACUUCGGGAUUAUGCCUGAGGAUCCUGGUCUUAGAUCCCCUUACACCUCUAAUCUGGAUCCUGGUGAUCGCAAUAUUAUAGGUAGGGAUAAUAAUUUAUGGUCUGGUAGCAAUGAUGCCCUUGAACGUAGGAGAUACCUGGGGCAAGGACCCGAUAUGCGAUUACCUGGAAAUGUCUAUGAACAUCCUGAUAGUCCUCUAAGAAACUAUGGUGGUGCCCGCAUGCGCGAAUUCUCCCCUCCCAGUUUUCCUCGACAGGGUCCAAUCUAUGACGAUCCAUGGGGUUUGCCUGAAGACGUUUCCCUAUUGCCUGGUUCGAAGAAACUAAAAACAAGUUCAUUCCCUCCCGAGAAUGAUUUACCAGAAUAUCCAUUCUCAGAUCUGGAUAAAGCAAAGCAUAUCCUCCCCCAUGACAUUCCCCAAUCUGAGAGCCAUGAAAAAAUGUAUGAUUCCAGAAAUUCUGGAUAUAGACCAGUUCCCGAGCGUCUAUCGAGCAUAACUCCAGCACAAGUACACGGGGAAAGGGAUGAUCACUGGAGUGCCUUGCGCGAUGAUUACCAGGCUGGUUCGAUGCCCCCGCUUCCUGUUGAUCGAAGACGAUUGAGCCCUGAAAGAAGAGAAUCGUCUUCAAAAGAAGUGUGGAAAUGGGAGGGUGUUAUAGCUAAGGGCGGAAAUCCUAUUUGUCGGGCUCGCUGCUUUCCAGUUGGAAAACCUCCAGACAUGGUUCUACCUGAAUAUCUAGACUGCACGGCAAGGACAACCUUAGACAUGCUCUCAAAGCAUUACUAUCAAGCAGUUAGUGCUUGGGUUGUCUUUUUUGUCCCUGCAAACGAUCCGGACAUUUCAUACUACAAUGAGUUCAUGAACUAUCUUGGCGACAGGCAGCGUGCUGCAGUUGCAAAGCUGAACGAGGCGACCACCUUAUUCCUUGUCCCUCCAUCCGAUUUCUCCGAGAAAGUUCUUAAAGUUCCGGGGAAACUCAGCAUCUCAGGUGUUGUCUUAAGAUUAGAUACCCCAGGUUCCAGCUUUGGAUCCCUCCCACAGCAAUACGGCAGAGAACCUACUUUCCAGAGUGAUUUACAGUACCAGAAGCCGAUCUCACCUCAAGGGCAUUACUUGUCGCAUCAACAGUUUGUUAAUGAUGACAAAUCUGUGAAUUUGUCUUCUGGUUCUGUGUCUGCAAUGCAGCCCGGAACUGCACAGGGGCACGAUUAUGCUCGGCAACCAAACUGGUCGGCCCAUGAUAUGCAGACCUCAAAUGUGGCUGUUAAAACUUCUGCUACCGUGCAGCCGCCAUCAAACCUCCCGCCACCUCCCUCCAUGGAUCACCCCUACUCUGCAAUGGCAAGUCGGAACUACACACCUGAUAAUACUCAGAUGAGUGGAAACAGUAAGUUUUCAGUUUCGGAAAGGCCUUCUAUGCCUGCAUCCACGCCUCUUGCAAGUUUCCCGGCGGAGCAAGUGGCUCAGCUGGCAUCCUCCCUUCUCGGGCAACAGGGGCAACUCGUCGGCAUGGCAGGUUCUGCAGAGUAUGCACCAUUGGGAAACAUCAACCAAUCCAGUUACCCGUACAACAUGGCGCCCCCUAAUUAUGAAAUGCAGAAUGAUCACCAGGUGCCUUCUGAAUUCGCACAACAGCAGCAGCAGUACAGUCAAGUGCAGCAGCAGCUACCGCCGCCUCCGCCACCACCUCAAAUGAACCAACAGUUCCAGAAUGGCGGCGGCGGGCAGGAUGACGGUGAGGGAGAUCCGCAGAAACGGCUGCAGGCGACGCUGCAGCUGGCAGCUGCACUGCUUCAGCAGAUUCAGCAAGGCAAAGGGACUCAGAAAUCACAUGAUGGAUGAUGAUGAUGGAGAUCUUGAAAAUCUUAUCUGCACUGCACUUAUUGAAAGAGUGAUUUUAGAUUAUUAUUAUUAUUAUUAUUGAUAAAUAGAUAGUUCAGGCAGUCCUUGGAAUUGAAUUGAAUGGAAAUGGUGGUGUUUGUUUAUGCCUAAACUUUUCUGGUUAUGUUAUAUGCUGUGAUUUGGUAGUAGCACAAGUGUUCAUCGGGGAUUU